AGUGCUCCCCGUUUUGCAAACUGCCGGCUUCAUCUCCCUUCCAUCACAUUCUCUGUCAAACAAGUCAGAUGGCAGCCUUGUCAAGGCCAGGAGACAUAUACUAUGUAUGAAGUCAAGGUAGAUGGGCUUCGUGACUUGCUGAUCACCACAGAAGACAAGCUGGUUCAGUUCUCGCAGGCAAGACCCAUUCCGCAGACAUUCUUGCUUGUUCUUCCGUGGAAUCGCUCUCUCCUCAAGCUGCCCAACUUUGUGGAACUGCCCGACUCUGCAGAGCCAUCCCAUUCUCCAGAUGGGUCACAGAUCAUGGAAGAUUAUUUGACCCCGCUUGAGUCUCCUUUACAUGAUUCGUCUAUGUCGUCUGCAGACAAAGGGACAGAUGAUUCAGAAUCUCACUCGCGAGCGUUGCAAUUGAUUGUUCGCCUUGGACAGCCGUUUGGCGCAUUUUUACUAGCACAGCAGCGCAGCAGAGAAUACAAGAGAAUCGCGUCAGACCACGAUAUCAUUGCACAAGUUAAAGAUGUGGCUGCUGUUAAUGGUAUGAUGAAUGUCAGGACUUUUGAGAUACUAUAGUUGUAU